AUGGCCGAGGACAUGGCGGCGUCCGUGUACCCUCCCCCACCGUUGCCGUCACCGCCUACAACUCAACUUCCGCUCAACCUCUCCGCGCCACCGUCCCCCUCUCCACCAGCCAUCCCCUCAGCCUCCGCAACACAAAUCCCAAGCACCCUAAACACCCUGGCCUCCCUAGAUCUUGACUCCUCCUCCGAGGAUGCACCCGGCCAGCCUGUGCUCCUCUCUCGCAUCUACAAGUCCAAGCGGAUCGAGCUCUCUGACGACCGCGUCUCCGCAGCUAGCAACAAGGGCUACCUCAUGGUGCGUGCCACCCAUGGCGUCACAUCGGGGACCUGGUCCUUCGAGGUCAAGAUCGUGCACCUCGGUCCCACUGGCCACACCCGCCUUGGAUGGGCUACCAACUGGGCUGACAUCGAGACGCCCGUUGGCUAUGAUGCCUAUGGGUUUGGCUACCGUGACAUCGAUGGCGCCAAGGUGACUAAGGCUUGGAGGGACAAGUAUGCUGAUGAAGGGUAUGGGGAAGGAGAUGUCUUGGGGUUCUACAUUUAUCUACCUAAUGGGGAGCAAUAUGAACCGAAGCAGCCUAACAAGGGAAUGCCUCUUCAUGUGCAAGUCCCCAAGAAGACGCAGAAGACUCCGGAUCCUGUUCCUGGGGGGUUUGAAUAUCCUAUGGUUCUUGCAUAUGCAGGUAGUGAGAUAUGCUACUUUAAAAACGGGCUAUGCCAAGGCAGUGCCUUCGAGGACAUACCUGGAGGGAGGUAUUACCCAGCCGCGUCGAUGUAUACGGAGCCUGGCAACCCAAACUGCAUCAUCAAAUUCAACUUUGGGCCAAACUUUGAGUUCCUCCCGCAGGAUUUUGGAGGCCUACCAAUUCCUCAGCCAAUGAGCAUGGUGCCUCAUCAUGCAUAUGAAGUGAAGAAUGAGGGUCCUACUGAAAAUGCCAUCGCUGGUUAA